AUGGGCCACCGGAUGGCGGAUUGUCGCAAAGGUGAAAAGUAUGGAAAGGUGCUACUCGUCGAUUCGGGAGAAGCCUUUGAUGAGCAAGGCGAUGGAGAAGAGCAAGCAGCAAAUUUUGACGAUUUCGAUGGGGCCGAAGAAGAAUUUGCCACUAGGGUUGACACUCCUUUAUUGAUGGGGUGCAAACUUGUUAUUGAUGGGAGCAACUGUGAGAACGUCGUGGCUGAAGAAGCGGUUCGGAAAUUGGGACUUGUAAUGGAAAAAUACCCUACACCAUAUCGCUUGGAGUGGCUCAAGAAAGGGGACGAGGUAAUUGUGUCUAAACGUUGCCUUGUAAAUUUUUCAAUUGGGGAGAGAUAUAAGGAUAAGGUGUGGUGUGACGUGGUGGCGAUGGAUGCGUGCCAUGUACUACUCGGGAGACCAUGGCAAUAUGAUAGGAAUGUGCAUCAUGACAGAAGGAAGAACACAUACAGUUUCUUGGUUGACAAAGUGAAGCUCACUCUCCUACUUGAUCCGGGUGAAAGUCCCAAACCUUCAACUGAAACGGGUCAAAUAUUGUUGGCUAGACAUGAGUUCGUUAAGGAGAUGCUAGAAGCGGAUUGUGGGUACUUACUAGUGGGUAAAAAGGGCAAGAAGAUUGAAGAGGUGCCGGAAGAAGCCAAGGGUUUAGUCAAAGAAUUUGCAGAUGUAUUUCCGGUUGAAUUACCUGAUGAGCUACCUCAUCUUCGUGACAUACAACACCAAAUUGAUUUGGUGCCGGGAUUGAGUCUACCCAACCGACCACACUACCGCAUGAGCCCCAAAGAGCAUGAAGAGUUGAGACAACAAGUGGAGGGGUUAUUACCCAAAGGACACAUUCGAGAGAGAUUGAGUCCUUAUGCAGUACCGGCUUUACUCACCCCUAAGAAGGAUAGGUCUUGGAGGAUGUGUGUGGAUAGUAGGGCCAUAAACAAGAUCACUGUGAGAUAUCGGUGCCCUAUUCCCCGGUUGGAUGAUUUGUUAGAUCAAUUGAGUGGGGCAACGAUGUUCACCAAGCUGGACCUAAGGAGUGGAUACCAUCAAAUUCGGGUGAGACCAAGUGAUGAGUUGGAAAACAGCGUUUAA